CUUUAUUUUGCAUGUGAUUUUAUGUGCUUAGUUUUUGUUGCAUUGUUGUUGUUGAAGGAAGGAAAUGUUGUUUUGCAUGUGAUGAUUUGUUGAAUAGGUGUUUUUGCUUAGGAUAUUUGAAGAUUUGUUGUGUUUUUUCUGGUAGGUGAGAGAUAUAGAUGUGCGGUGUUUGUAGAAAGAUAUGAAGGAAAAGUUCUGAGGCGUGGUCCUUGAGAAAGGGAUACUACAGAUCUAAAUUUUUCGAUGGAUCUGGGAGGCACUGGGAGUUCGUUCAAAGAAGUUCUUGAAUCACAUAUGAUAUUUCCAGAUUACGAGACAGCUAAGUCUAAAUCUGAGGCCAAUUGUAAUAAUACGUUCGUGAAAUCAAGGAUUUGUUCGGAUGGAAAGAAUGGAAAUAAUUCAAAGAAUGGUGUCUAUGAUCUACUUGAGUGCCCUGUUUGCAAGAAUUUGAUGUAUCCCCCAAUUCAUCAGUGCCCAAACGGCCACACAUUAUGUUCAAAUUGUAAGAUUGCGGUGCAUAACCGUUGCCCAACAUGUCAUCGUGAUCUCGGGAAUAUAAGGUGUUUGGCUUUGGAGAAGGUGGCGGAAUCAAUGGAGCUUCCUUGCAGAUAUCAAAAUCUAGGUUGUCAUGAUAUAUUCCCGUACCACACUAAACUAAAGCACGAACAAAAUUGUCGAUUUCGUCCAUACAAUUGUCCCUAUGCUGGAUCAGAGUGCUCUAUCAUGUGUGACAUUCCAACUCUUAUGGCACAUCUCAAGAAUGACCACAAGGUCGACGUACAUGACGGGUUCACCUUCAACCAUCGAUACGUCAAAUCAAAUCCUCAUGAAGUUGAAAAUGCCACAUGGAUGCUAACUGUUUUCAAUUGUUUCGGAAAGCAUUUUUGCUUGCACUUCGAGGCGUUUCUACUUGGCACAGCUCCAGUUUAUAUGGCGUUUUUACGAUUUUUAGGCGACGAGAAAGAGGCAAAGAAAUUCAGGUAUAGCUUAGAGGUUGGUGGGAAUAGCCGCAAACUGACAUGGCAAGGAAUACCAAGGAGCAUCCGCGAGAGUCAUAGAAAAGUUCGCGAUAGUCAAGACGGACUCAUCAUUCAGAGAAACCUAGCUCUUUAUUUUUCCGGCGGCGAUAAACAACAAUUAAAGUUGAGGAUCACUGGUCGUAUAUGGAAAGAAGAAUGAAAAUAUGGCGAUAAACAACGAUUAAAGUCGAUGAUCAAUGGUCGAAAAUGGAAAAAAGAAUGUAAUUAUUUUAGGGAUGUCACCCAAUGAUUCUGUACAUUGUACAGAUCCUGAAACAUUUUAAAGAUUUUGGUCUGUGCAGAGAAUGAAGGUUUUAUUUGUCUUCAUAGGCUCUCAUAGACAUGAAAGGUAACAUUCAAGUUGGCAGUGAGGUUUAUGUUCUUUUAUUUUUAUUUAAAAUGACAUUAAUAUCGAAACUAAUAAAUGUGUGUUUUUGAAUGUGAAUUA